CUUCAGCUUCCCAGGUGGUGUUGAGCACUCCACUUGUUCCCUUUUAUUCUCUUUCUCGACUUCAUACUAUUUCUUCAUUGAACUCUCUUUCGGCGAGUCGUCUCAAACGCGCUCGAAUAUCCGACGCUUUCCUCCCUUGAGGGAAGAAAGGCUUCAAGGUUUUUGCGCGCACUGGGUAGCUCUUCAGCCAGAGUCCCCACGCACGCCAGCGUCGCUCCUUUACCUCGGUGCCGAGUAGUCGCAUUCUCCCCAUGCUCUAAAGAAUCGACUAUCUUAAGGCGAUCGUCCGCGUUCGAUUUCAGCCGACUACGACCGACUGAGAAUGGCCUUCAGCUUCGGGGCCCCCAAACCCGCUGGGGGCAAUAUUGCAGCCGAAUUAGGCCCGGAACUUCCUGAUCUCUAUGCGGAGGAAGUCGGCUUUAAAGGUGUCUCCAGCGAUAGCAACGUUCGAUUACUUCCUACCUCCUGGCCCGAUGACGCCCUUCCCGCUCCGACGAGUAAUCUCUUAGCAAUCGCACCGACGCAGGGUGUGGUGGCUGGUGCCGGACCCGAUGUCCUGGUGAUCGCGUCGUCGGAUGCCGUGCGGAAGGCGAUUUCCGCGCCCACCGGAGAGAGCAAGGUCAAGACAAAGCCGUUCGAGCCGCAAGCGAAGAUAGUCCUCCCUGGACGACCGACGCAUAUUGCCUUCGCAUCGGGCGAAACGGCCUUGGUGUUGGCUACGGAGAAUGGGGCCCAACUGUCUGUUUUCCCGACGACCAGCUUGACGGCGGGAAAUGCGCAGCCGGCUUUGUCCAUCGCGACGAACGGCGCUACCUUUCGCGCACUUGCUCCGAAUCCGGCGCCUGCGAGUGAAGCUCAUUCAUCGCUGGUUGCACUGGUUACGACUGGGGGCGAGCUCUUGAUUGCGGAUCUCAAGGCGGGUAACCUGCUGUCGGGUCCGAACGGCCAGGUGUUGAAGAGUGGUGUGAGCUCCGUUUGCUGGAGCAACAAAGGGAAACAGCUUGUUGCUGGACUGGCAGAUGGCACAGGGUUUCAGAUGACGCCUGAAGGCGCGCAGAAGGACGUGAUACCCCGCCCUUCGGAUCUUGAGGACGAUUGCCAUGUGUCUUCUAUCGUAUGGCUUGAAAACGAUGUCUUCCUCAUGGUAUACACUCCGAAUGCUAUGGAGGACGAAGACGGCCAAACACCCUCGUCAUCAUACUACAUCAUCACUCGAAGGAAGGGAGCCCCCUUCUUGAUCCAGAAACUGCCCGAGUUAUGUACGCCAUUUGGCCUCAAGCGUGCACCCGCAUACCAGUUUUUUGCCCGCAUCAGGGACUACAAGCCACACCUCAAGGACGUCCUGAUUGCAUCCUCAACAGCAUCCACCGACGUGGGCCUGAUCACAAGAUCAGAUGCCCCGCUGGCGAGUGAUGAUAGCGCAAAGGCCGCCGUGGGGCAGUUCGCUAUGACUGAAGUGAACGACGACACAAAGAGGGCAUCAGCUCCUCUGAAAGAGUCCGGCGAUGAAACCUCCGUCAUUGGUUUAGGGGUGGACUUUUCCAGCACCGACAUCGUCGUCUCUCCCAUCGCAGGUGAAGAUAUCACCGAGAGUUCGACUCCGUUGCCCAACCUAUUGCUCCUCAGCAAUGACGGCAUCCUGUCUUCCUGGUGGUUCAUCUACUCCGAGUCCAUUCGUCAGAAAAUUCCGUACCAUGGCAUGGUUUCUGCCAGCACACAGCUGCCCCAGCUGCAAUCCCCACAGCAGCAGCAGCCUCCCGCUCAGCCCGCGGCCGUCAAGCAAUCAGCGUUUGGGCAGUCUGGCUUUGGGGCCCCGUCCGCGUUGGGUGGGACCUCUCCAUUCGGUAAGCCCUCCGCUGCACCUGCAUUUGGCGCCCCCUCGGCCUUGGCUGGUGGCCAGAAGCCGGCCUUUGGUGCCCCCUCAGCUUUGGCCGGUGCUCAGAAACCAGCCUUUGGGUCACCCUCGCUUGGAGGCGGUGCUCCUGCGUUCGGCAAACCGGCGCAGCCCGGGUUUGGCGCCGCCAGCUCCUUGGGCCAAACCGCCAACACCUCACCAUUUGGGAAGCCUGGCUUCGCGUCGAUGAGCACGGGAUCAGGCUUUGGACAGCCGUCGACGCCUGGAAAGGGUUUCAGCUCUUUUGCGUCGCCUGCCGCGGCUUCUGGAGGCGGCUUUGGGGCAUUUGCAAGCUCGGGUGGGGGUGGCUUUGGUGCCGCAAAGCCGUCUGGCGAAUCCCCCUUCGCUAAAGCCGCCGGUGGCUCUCCUUUCAGCAAGCCGUCGACUGAGUCUCCAUUCGGUAAGCCGUUGACCGCAGGCCCAUUCGGGAAGCCGUCGGGGCCAUCGCCCUUUGGAGGCCAGACGGAUACAAGCUCGGCCUUCGGUCCUCAAAAAACCGAAGAGGCGAAGGGUGCCUUUGGUAUGGGCACUAGCGGCUUUAAGCUGGAGUCUACAUUCAAGGGCGAUGGUACUGCUGCCAAUGACCUCCCCAAACCGGAGAAGCCGUCCUCUGGGUUGUUUUCUAUGGGUGUGCUGGAUGAUAUGGUCGCUACGCCUACCAAGACCAGUCCUACGUCGGAAGCGAUGGAUGACGGGGCGGACGAACCCGCAGCGCCGGAGCCAGAAAAGCCAGAGCCCAAACAGCCAGCACCUUCUUCUCUAUUUGGCGCACCGGCCACAUCGCAGCAAGAUACCGUGCAAUCCAAACCGUCGGCGCCUUCUCCUUUCGGUGCCCUUUCUAAAGCUGAAACGCCGGUCGGAUCGUCUCUCUUCGGCAGCCAGCCGCAAAAUCAGCAACCUUUUGGGCAGGCUCAGCCAAGCAAGCCCUUCUCCUUGUUCGGAAACACUGCUCCCGAAAAACCUACGAGCCCCCUCUCUGCACCUUCUGAAAAGACGGCAAUCGCCAGCCCCAGAGAACAACCGACAGAUACCCAAACUUCUCCAGUCUCGUCGAUGAUCGAGCCCCCGUUGCCCCCCGAUUCAACCAGCAGGGACGCGUACGGACCUGGAGACACAUCGGCAUCGUCAAAUGUUUCCAAGAUUUCCGUGGAUGAUGCUCCUCUCCCACCUGAUUUCACAAAACCGGCUGGGGGAGAGCCGCCUCUACCACCGGAUUUUACAAAGACGCCCAAGGAUGAUUCUAAGGCUGUUGCUGAAGAGGCGCCCCUGCCCUCAGAGCCCGCCACGCCUCCGUCACCUACUACGCCGUCCGGAGAGCCUGGCCCAGUUCCAGAUGAGUCAAGUGCCGAUGAAUCCGAAAGGGAAGGAAGCGAUGGCGAGGAAGACGAAUCUGGGUUUUCUGACAGCGGGGAAGAAAUCACCCACGAGAUCAGCAAUGACGAACAAGAGUCGGAACCAGAAAGUCCAAAGACUUCGACCGAGAGCCCUUUCGGCGGUGCGUCCACAAAGGGCCCCGCGGGAGGUUUGUUCGGGCAGGCUCCUAAGCCAUCGCAACAGCAACAGCCAUCGCGACCGCUAUUCGGGGAGAUUAACAAACCCUCGUUCCCUCCGGCACCUAGCGCCAAACAACCGCCACCCAGGCCGAUUAGUCCCAUGCGUCGGGGUUCACAGAAGAGCUUCCUCCAGCCAAGCAACCAAAAGCCGAAGGCUGCGCACCCGCCAGGAAGCACGCUUGCUGCGCGCAAAGCUUCUCUUACCGAGAUCGCGAAACGCGAGAAUCAGCUGGCACCCCAGCUCGAUCGCGUGUCCCGGGAAGAGAAGGCGCGAUUCGAUGCCCAAGCCAGACAGCAAGAGGAAGAAGCCUUGUCGCUUUCCGACGACGAUGAAGACGAAAGACUCCAUGCCGACCUUGCCCAGCCCAUCCAGCCAGUGCCCACCUUGGAUCCUUUCUUGCCGCAUCAGGACUAUUCCGGGCAGACAAGCAAACCAGGCAUUCCUGGACAGAUCGAAAAGCUCUACCGCGAUAUCAACUCCAUGGUGGACACGUUGGGGAUCAACACUCGGUCUCUGUCCUCGUUUCUUCUCUACCAGCAAUCUCCUAGCGGAUCUAACUGGGUGGAUAUCCUGCAAGGAGAACACCCGGCGGAUGUCCUAGACGAAGAGCUCCGUCUCGCUGAAGUAGAGAAGCUUGAUGACGUGGUUGCCAAACUCGCUGGCUCUCUGCAGAAGCAACGGGUGCAGGGUGUGGAAGAGAAACUCGAGAAUUGCCGGACGCUAUUAAGCAAAGACAUCCUCGCGCUGCGCGCUCAGUGCGCUAGCAUUCGAAAGACCCUUGAUGCUCACACCGACUCCACGGCAAUCCUUUCUGCGCCACUGUCCGCCGAACAGGCCAACCUCCAGCAGGACCUACGGACGGCUUCUACGGAUAUCCAGGCGAAGCUCGCUGACUUGGAGUUUGCCGUAUCGCUUCUACGGGCCAAGAUCGCGGAUGCGCCGCGACCUGACGGUGCUGGAAAUGGAUCGAGAAAACGACCGACCGUCGAGGCGGUGGUCUCCACCAUCGGCACGAUGAUGAACAUGGCGGAGGCCAAGAGCAGCGACAUCGACUUCCUGGAGCUUCAGCUGAAGAAGCUGGGCGUGGACACGUAUGCGACUCCCGCGGUUCGCGAAGGGUCCCCAUUCACGACGCCGAAGAAGGGCGUGGGCAAGUUCCCUGCGACGCCCGGGUCCCGGGGCUCCAUCGAUCGCCCGGCACCGCAUACCACACCCCGAAUCCGCCAAACGGGCCCUCAACUUCCGCUCGAGCAUCACCGGCUCAGCCAGAGCCAGUCGUCUUCGCUCCUUCGAGGGCGCGGGCGAUCUGGUCAGCAGACAGGAGAGCGCGCAGUGGAAGGCCAAGACGCAGCGGCGACAGGCUCUCGUCGGGAACCUGAAGAAGGCGAUUGAGGAAAAGAAAACCAGGGUCCGGGGAUUGGACGAUCAGUAAUGUAGGAUUAUGCACUUAUUAUUAUUAUUAUUCAACUUUUUCCGUUGUGGUUUUGCGAUAUGUAUGAAGAAUAAACAGCGGGUCAUGGCGGGGUUCAACUGGUAGUUCUUUAGUUGAUUGAUGCGAUUCAGGUUGGAUAGCGC